CUGUGUCAUGCUGAUCUGUUGCAAUAUCUUGACAUGAAACAUACUGUUUACUUUUCGGUAUGCAUGAUAUUGUUUUUCUUGAGUGCCUUGUUUGAUGCAAAAUAUUAUUGUGUAACCAGAGACAUUGUCUUACAUUGGUUUCUACUGCACCUACAGUAGAAUAAAUACUAAAUUUUUCUUUGCAUUCGAGGUAACAUUCUUAUUGUAGCUUAUAGUUUUUAUGUGCAAUAUAUCAUCUAUGACUGAUUGUCCGAGUUGCAAUUGCCUAACUUCUAAUGAUUUGAGGAUGAAAAGUGCUGUUUCCAUCUAAAUUUCAUCUAUAAAUUUAUCUGAUAUCUUGCCUUCUAAAAGAUUAUGCAUUGCAUUUAAGUUGAUUUCAUUCACCUACGGCAUUACAACAAUUUGUCCUUUUAACUUACGAUCAAUUAAGAUUCAGCCUGGUUUAUUGGCUAACUUGCAUGCCAAGUGACCACAAUAUUUAGUCAACUUCAAACCAUCACUUUUGACCUGGAAGUAGUUUAUUGACAUGUUUUUAAUAUUCCUAAUAGAAUUAGAUGACUAGACUUUUGUUUGCAAAAAUAUUGACAUAAGCCUGAGACAUGCAAUAAAUGAGAAAGUUUGGAUUUCUUGCCCACAUGUUUUAUGAUCUUCAGUAACAGUUUAGUCUGAAGGAAAACAAUCAUUUAUCUCUUUGCUUAAUGUCUGACCUAGACCUCUCCUUCACUUGCGGAACCGCGGCAGCUGAUUACUAUGCAAACAUAUGGCUGCAUGACCGUUAUUGUUGAAUAAUAUAAGACAAUGGGCCUUGAUAUCGUGGUAAGAUUGUUGCUUCGUGGUCGAGGUGCCAGAGUUUGAGUCGUGGUAACAACCUCUCUGUUUGCAAGAGUAAGGUUGCAUACAUUGGCCCAUGUCAAGAUUGCACUCUUAGAAUUUAUGUCAUCCAAGUUAAUUUAUUACUCUCGUUUUCUUUAUUGUCUUUUAACGAUCCUCCUUCAAGGAUUGAUUUUAAGCUAUGUGUGUGACGAGGAUGUGGAGCUUUUGAGUGGAGUGAUUGUGAUACAUCAGCUAGUUUGAUUUUUUGAGUAGGUCUUGAGGUAGGUUGCAUGCAAGAGUUUGAAGAAGGGAGCCUGUAAUAUCAUAAUUAAGUUCCAAAGUGAAGGUAGAUGUUGGAUCAGGUUCUUGUAUAAGAUUUUGAUGGGACUACCAAUAACUGGUUAUUAUCAUGAUAUGUGGUUAGAUGUUUAAACUACUUAUGUUAUUGUGUUAUCAUUUAACUUUUAGAAAUUGGUAUUGAAGUAUCUCUAUGGGCCUUUAUGUUGUCUAAUAUGUGCCAUAAUGGAUUUGGAUUAUAUAUGUUGGAUUUUUAACAAAAUAAACAAUCCUGUAGCCAGGGAGAUUAUGAUGUCCCAGUAGUAACAUGUUUAGAAUCAUGAAUAAGUUGCAUCGGAUAUAAUUGCCUGACAAAAUUAGUAUAUAUUGGGUGCAUUCUGAGCUAGACAGCUAAAGCCAUGUACUAGUUAACUUAUUUGGCAAGUAGGUCUAUCUAGUUAACGUAUUUCACACCAAAGGUAUUUAUUUAACCUUUGGUGUGAAAUAGUUAGUCAGCAUCAGUUAAAACUAUAUUAUCACUAUGAUUACCACUAGUGUUUUUCUUCCAUGUGUCGUUUACAAAAAGAUCUUCACCUUUACUGGUAUGUCCAGCACUGUCAAAACAAUCCGUUGAUUUUAUUCAUUCAAGUUGUUCUUAAUUCAGGUCCAAUUGAACCAUCAACUCUCCCUGGAGGCUUACCUCCCUUUAUUUGAUAAAAAGUGCCAUAGAUGAAUAGUUGUUUUGGUCAUAAACUUCCAAUAAAGGGGUGAGAGUUACUUUGUAAAGCAGCAAGAUUUUUUUAUCUGUUUGCGAGGAUUAUAAACUACCAGAUUUUUAGUCGGUAUGAGUUACUUGCUAUCCACCUUUCUAGUUCUUGUUGUCAAUUAGUCAUAAAAUUGUUCAGAUUGUGCAAACAAUGGAAGUGGCCUCUUGUUGACACAAAAGUCAAUCGGUCAUAUGGAGGUGGGUUCGCAUCUUAUUGAACCUUGGACAUCGUUGCACGAUACAAAAUAAAGCUUAUGAAUAAAUUCCUAAAUGCUUACAUUGUAAAAUUAUCACUGUUGCACGAUAUUUUGCUUCUACAUUUGGAUCUAUCUAAAUUUACAGGUAGUUUACUGAAUUAGGCAGGCAGUAGUCGCAAAUAUUGACAGAUAAUAAUGCUUUUUUUUCUUGUUAAGGAUUACCUACCUCUUGAAAAUGUUGAUGUUUACCUUUCAUUCUUUAUGUAUACACGCUCACAUUCAUAUGCAUAAAACUCGAUCUCGAGGUCGAGAUUUUGAAGAGAUGAGUGGAUUAGUCUUACCAAGCUGAAUCGAUGGUUAUACUAGUUUUUGUUUUUGUCUGUAUUGUAAAGAAAAUGUUCCCAUCCUUAAACCUGUGUGUAGAACGAUGUUGUUCGAUUGAUGUCUUUACUCGCCACAAAGAACCUUUGGAAAAGAUCCUCGUAGCCGAGACAACUCGUCGGGACCUUUAGAGGUUAUUGUUGCUGUGGUAGUAAUGUUGGGGAACACAAUAGGUAUGAUACUUUUUUGCAGUUGCUGUGAUAAGUGUUGACUUCAUAGGUACUCCUCCUCCAUCUUCGUCUUUCAGGGUUUUCUCAUUUCCAAAGGAAAAUUUGGUUUGUGAUGUCUCUGCAAGACUUGUUUAUAUGUGGGCCGUGUGAAUAGGAGGAUCUCAAGGAGCAAAGAAGAAGAUGUCCGUGCCUCGGAUAUUGUUCGAUGGAACAGAGUAAGGUGGUGUGAUGGUGUACGCUUUGUGUUGUGAUGCAGUGAGUCAGAGUUUGGGAUAUUCGUGUACAGACCCCUAAAUUUUGCCGCUCCGCAUGCUUAGUUCUUAAGGCUUCUCGCUGUCGGAGUCUUCUUGCUUUCUCGAUUCCAUCAUCUUCCCGCUCUAUAUGCUCAGCGAGAGAGAGAGAGAGAGAGAUCAUAAGGAGCUUUUGGUACCGUAACAUGACGGUCGACACACGGUCAACUAACCGCCGUUAAACUCUUUGCACAAAUUGGCGAUUUGGAAGUUAUGGCAAGGAUGUAUUUGCAAAUAUGAAACUGAAUAGGGGGUUUUGUACGCAUAUAGAUGGGUUUGGAGGAGUAUAUAUGCAAUUUCGCUGGUGUGAUAGGAAGGAAACUGAAGGCGCUAAAGGAAGAGGAGGAGGCACGUUCCACCAAACGAUCUUCCCAGUCGCUCGCCCAUCUCGCAACCCUUUGAUUCGAUUCGAUUCGAGUCGCCGGCGAUCGCGUCUCCAUGUGGGUGGUGAUCCUCUGCGGACUGAUCCUGUUCAAGAUCCUCCGCCGAAUCUUCCACCGCGCCGAUGCCUUCCCGGACAUCGACAGCUCCGAUUCUGACGCUAGCUUCGCCGUCGCCGCCAGAUUGGAGAAGCUCUACGGCGGCAAGGCGUUCGUCGGGCUUCGGAUUCCCGACGCCGAUGCCGGUGUUCGACAGCACAUAGAUGUCGUUCUUGUUACGAAGAGGGAAGUCAUGGUGGUGGCAGUUCGGAACUUCUCUGGUUUUGUGGAGAUUGGUGGAAAUGAGAACUGGGUCUGUACCAGUGACAAGAAGCACAGGCCUCAGUCCCAUCCGGAUCCGGUCCUUGAAGUUAGCAAACAAGUAGCAGUUAUUGAAUCAUACUUGGAACAAAGAGGGGUCCCUUUGCCCAAAGGACAUGUAAUUGGCCAAGUCAUACUUCCACAUCCAAAUUGCAGGCCCGCCUAUUCUAUUUCUUCCCAACUAGAGGUGGUUUCUUUUGAUAAAUGGAGAGAGCUCAAGCCAAAACCACGAAGUGGAUUGUCCAAUUGGAUCAAGGGAGCAGUUGGCAAGAGCGACAUGCAAGAUGGAUUCUGUGAGAAACUUCAUUUUAUCCUGAGUACAUCACCAAUGUGGGAUCGCUUAGAACUUCGAGGUGACAGAAAUAUUCUUGGUGAGUUCGUCGAGUUUAAGGGAAACAAAAAUGACAUGCAAGCUUUGAGAAAUGUGAAGAGGUCAAAAGUUGGUCAAUUCAUCGUCCAAAAGCCAUCUAUGUUGGGUUUAGGUAGAUCGAGGCUCCAGGUUCUAUAUUUCCCCCGUGAUUAUCGAGGCGAAGGUGCUUCUUCAUUGGAAUGCAAGGAAAUUGCGGUCAAGCCAAGUACAGAGGUCAUUUUCCAGCAGAUGAACUCCAAGAAAGCCAAGAAAUUUAAGCUUUCAAGCAUUGUGUCUGUGACUCUUAGUGGGUAGGCAGCAGGCCUAUGACAUGCUACUUGCGAGAACUCUGUUAUUGGUCGUGUAUAUGUAACCAACAUCUAUAGUUGCUUCACCCUUGUUUUCAGAAACGAAGUACAAUCUAUAUAUCGACAUGCAAUCCUUUUCCA